AUGCCCGACAAUUUUCUCAGUUUCGGCAUCGACACAUCUGAAAUAGAAAAUUACAAUGAAAUAGACUUUAGCAGUGAAAAAUUUCGAGAGUUGACUGCAGCGCUGGCACCAGCAAGACUCCGCCUUGGGGGUACUAUGUCGGAGCGAUUGAUUUUUAGCUCUGAAGACGAAUUUACAGCUUCAUGCGACCGUUGUAAUUCUAAUGCUGGGUCUUCUAAUACGACUUGCUUGGCUGUUCGAAAAUUGUGCACGCAUAAAUUUUUACCCUUCUUUAUAAUGACCGGAAAAAAAUGGUCUGAAAUAAAUGAAUUUUGUAAAGCCACAAAUAUUAAAUUACUAUUUACAUUCAAUGUUCUCAUUCGCAAUGAAGAGGAGUGGGAUUCUCAAAAUGCCAUUGAUAUUUUAGAAUAUUCUAAAAUGAAAAAUUUUGAUAUAGAUUUUCAACUUGGCAAUGAACCAAACUCAUUUCGACAUGUUUUUAACAUUAGUAUAAGCCCUCAAAGCUUAGCACAUGAUUUCAAAAAACUUCGUAAGCUUUUAAAUCAUCAUGGAUAUAAAAAAUCACUGCUUGUUGGGCCUGACACUACUAGACCACAAGAACAUCAACCCAACUGCCUUAAAUAUAUGAUGGAUUUCUUAAUUAAUGGUUCUCACUAUAUAAAUGCAAGAUCUUGGCAUCAGUAUUACUUAAAUAGCAGGACAGCAAAGUUAGAAGACUUCUGGAAUCCCGAUACAUUUGACUUACUAAAGGAGCAGAUUGAAACUAUGCAAAGUCAUACAAAGAAAUACCAUAACAUACCAAUGUGGUUGACUGAAACUAGCAGUUCCUAUGGAGGAGGGGCUCCAGGGCUGUCCAAUACAUAUGCUGGAACUCCUCUUUGGAUUGACAAGCUCGGAUUAUCAGCAAAAUAUAACAUAACUACAGUUAUAAGACAGAGCUUAUAUGGGGGUAAUUACAGCCUAAUUGAUGAUAAAUUAGAACCCCUGCCCGAUUGGUGGGUCAGUGUGUUAUAUAAAAAACUUGUUGGCAAUAAAGUAUUGCAUAUAAAUUGUAAGUGUUCUCGAUUCCAAAGAAUAUAUGCACACUGCACUAAUAGAAAAUAUACAAAUGACACAACAGCUAUUACCAUUUUUGCUGUAAAUUUGCAAUUAGACAAAGCUAAGUUUCUCUUGAAUGGGACUGCCUUUCAUGGCAGUGAUUUGAAUAUAGAUGAAUACAUUAUCAGUGCUCCGUCAAACAAUAGGAGAACUAAAACAGUUUUGUUGAAUGGCUGGCCGCUGUAUUAUGAAUCUCCACGCCUGGAUCUUCAACCGAACCACAUUAAGUAUGGUAACCAUAUUUCUAUGCCGCCAUACUCCAUUGGAUUUUGGGUAAUAAAAAAUACAUCUGUUAAAAUUUGCAAA